AUGAUACAAGCUACAAUUCAUUCUAUUCAAAAGGAGUAUAUUCUAAUCGAUCAAAAUCAUAGAUUUGGACAAAAUGUUCAAAUAUUUAUAGAUAAAACUAAUUCAUUUAAAAAUUCUUUGAUAAUAUAUUUGGACAAUGAUCUUUUUUUUAUUGAACAAGAUUACGAUGAAUUUAUAAUAGAUGUGUACGAUUAUUUAACAAAUAUUAUUCUUGAACUUCAGCAUAGAUUUUCUAAUCGGCAAUUAUUUACUUCUAUGAAAAUAUUAAAUCUAUGUGAAUGGUCAAAAGAUUAUCAAGAAUUAAUAUUUUUUGGAGAUAAUGAUCUAGAAAUUUUAUUAAAAUAUUUUGAGCAGCCAAAUUUCUAUGAUAAUAUUCAAUUUUCUGUGCUUUUUGAUAUUAAAAAAUGUAGGGAAGAAUAG